AUGCCAUUUCACGACGACGAGUUUGACUUGCUGUACAUGAACCUUGACCGGUUCGACUUCAAUCUUCACUUCGAACAGCUGUUCUUCUCUAUUCUUCCAUGCACCUUGUUUAUCAUAUGCUCACUAUGGCGCGCUCUCACUCUGUCGCGCAAGCCCUUAGUGGUUCAUGCACCAAUCUUCCAGCUCAUCAAAUUGGGAGCUAUCAUCACCUAUGUUGGCCUUCAGAUCGCGCUCCUGAUUCAAGUGGGUAUGGACUCUUUCCAUGUCACUCCAAUCUUCGUCGCAUCUUCUGUUCUCAAUCUCAUAGCAGCUUUGGCUAUGGUGAUGAUCAGCUAUACUGAUCAUAGGAGGAGUCCACGUCCCUCAAUCCUCCUGAGCACCUUUCUGUUCCUGACUCUAUUGUUUGACAUUGCUCAAUCCCGUACGCUGUUUCUGCUCUCUGGGAGUACACCAGAGAUUACCUACAGUGCCGUUUUCACAACAUCUUUAGCCGUCAAGGUUGUCAUUCUGUUCCUGGAAACAAAGUCCAAGAACGAAUGGAUAACAUGGGACAGGGAUGAACACAGCCCUGAAGAAACCAGUAAUAUCUUCUCACUCGGCGUCCUGUCAUGGCUUAACAGUAUUUUCUUGCAAGGCUAUAGAUCUACACUAUCGAUGGAUGAUCUCUACCCUCUGGAUGUCGCGCUGCAUAGCGAGCAACUCCAUGAUAAGUUCUUGGCCAACAUGGACUACAGCAAACUCCAAGGAGAUAGCUACGGUCUCGUCAAAGUCCUCGCCAAGACUCUUAUUGUCCCUCUCCUUCUGCCAAUCCCUUUGAGACUCGCGCUUCUAGGCUUCACCUUCUGUCAACCAUUCUUCAUUGAAAAGCUGUUAGAUCAUCUUUCGCAGCCUGAAAUCGAAGGCAAUGUGGGGUAUGGUCUUAUAGGUGCUGCAAUACUGAUCUACCUUGGUAUGGCUGUCUCGGCAGCUCUUUGCUGGUAUCUUCACCACCGCAUGAGAGCAAUGACUAGAUCUAUACUGGUGACAGAGAUAUUUUCCAGAGCCACACAAGCCCGCAUCGGAGCAGACGACCAUAAUGCUGCCCUAACUCUGAUGAGUACCGACAUAGAAAGAAUCAGACUCGGCCUCAGAAUGCUGCAUAAUGUCUGGGCAGGCGUUAUACAGGCUGCCCUAGCUGCCUGGAUGCUGUAUAUCAGGCUGGGACUGGUCUUCCUGGUACCCAUAGGAGUACUUGUGGUAUGCUUCACUCUCUUGGGAGUUCUGGUAAACUUCACCGGAGAUUCUCAGAGAGCGUGGAUGACAGGCGUGCAGAAGCGCGUCGGUUUGACGGCUACAGUCAUUUCCGGAAUGAAGAACCUCAAGCUCUCCGGUCUGGCUUCCACUGUGAGCUCCUUUGUUCAGAAGUUGCGAGUAGAGGAGCUUGCUGCUGGUGCUCGAUUCCGCAAGAUCUUCAUCGUAGCCGCCAUGCUUGGCUUCACACCCAUGCUCAUCAGUCCUCCCCUGACCCUUGCGUUUACUCGGGCUUCACUUGAUACCUCAAAGGUCUUUACAAGUCUGGCAUUUCUGAUGCUCCUUACCAACCCCCUCUCUCAGAUCUUCACCUCUAUACCCGAACUCGUCUCUGGAAUUGCCUGCAUCGGACGAAUCCAGGCCUUUUUAGAGUGCGAAACCCGCCAUGACUUCCGCCAAGUCCUGUCUGAUCGCAAGAAGAAUCUCAGUUUCACCAAAAUCGAAGCAGGCAUGGGUAGUUCAGAGAUCAAAACGACAUCUGACUCGACUAUGAUUAGCAUAAAGAGUGGCAAUUUUGGCUGGAAAGAAGAUGUCUUUGUUCUUCAAGAUAUCAAUGCACGUAUCAAAAAGUCUUCUCUCACCAUGGUAGUUGGGCCAGUAGGCUCAGGGAAGUCAACCUUUUGCAAGACUCUCCUGGGUGAAAUCCCAUUGAGCCAAGGGAGUGUAGUAUUGAGUAUGAGAUACCCUCGGAUCGGGUUUUGCGACCAGACUGCUUUCCUGUGGAAUGGAAGCAUUCGCGACAACAUUCUUGGCUUUUCACUAUACAGCGAAAAGAGAUACAACUCGGUCGUCCAGGCCACAGCAUUGUCAGUGGACUUUGCCAAACUCGCUCAAGGAGACCAAACCAAUGUAGGAUCCAAUGGUAUUACUCUGUCAGGAGGACAGAAACAACGGGUUUCCUUAGCACGUGCCUUGUAUCUAGAGACUGACUUGGUGAUACUGGACGAUGUCUUCAGCGGUCUCGAUGCAGAUACCGAGCUACACGUUUUCCAACGAGUAUUUGGACCUGGGGGCUUACUUCGAGAGAGACGCACGACCGUUGUAUUGUGUACUCAUAGCGUUCGCUUUCUCCCAUUCUCUGACCACGUCAUUGCUCUGGGUGACAACACUAUCAAGGAGCAAGGGAGCUUCAAGGAACUUGUUGAGCAAGGAGGUUACGUCAAGAGUCUCGGCAUACGUGAUUCAGCUGAAGAUGACGAGAGUGACGCUGUGUCAGAAACAGAACCCUCAAAAGAGCAGAUUGAAGCACAAAGGGAUGCACAUGGCUCACCAGACGGGUCCCCAACAGCCGAAGUCAGCCUCGAUGACCCGAAUCGUGCAACGGGAGAUAAGGCGGUAUACAAGUACUAUUUCCUGAGUAUGGGACUCUUGGUGGCCUUCAGUUGUUUCUUCUUGGCUGCUCUCUGGGGGUUCUUUACCAACUUCCCCACCAUCUGCUACAUCUCGGAUGAAGUUUCUAAGAAUGCUAGGCUGCUCAAUAGAAGCCAGCAACCCGCUUACCUUCUUGCCAUGGUACAGGAGUGGCUCAAUCUCGUUUUGGACAUGGUGGUCAUGCUACUGGCAGCAGUAUUAACAAUACUUGCAGUUAGACUGCACUCAAAUUCGGGUUUCACGGGUGCUUCUUUGGUUACUCUUAUGAGUUUUGGAGAAAGUCUCUCUGGUAUCGUUAUCUACUACACACGUCUCGAAACAUCCAUAGGUGCCAUUUCUAGGCUCAAGACUUUCAACGCAACAGUAAAGCCUGAGGGUAAAGAGGGAGAGGACAUGGUACCCCCUGAAAAUUGGCCACAGCAUGGCAGCGUGAAACUGAACAACGUUUCAGCGAGCUAUCAAAUAGAGAGCUCAAGCGAUGGUGAACCUGAUUUGGCUCUUGAUAACAUUUGUCUGAGUAUCAAACCGAGAGAAAAGGUGGCCAUUUGCGGCCGGACAGGCAGUGGCAAAUCAAGUCUUGUAUCUUUGCUGCUGAAACUCCUCGAUCCCUUACCAGACACCCCAGAUGAAGGUCUUCUGAUUGAUGGUCUCCCACUUAACAGGCUAGACAGAGAUGCUCUUCGUCAAGGAGUCAUCGCGGUGCCUCAAGAGGCCGUUUUCUUGCCUGACGGCGCGACUUUUAAAGAGAACCUGGACCCUUCAGGCCUCUCGACCUCGGAUGAAUGCAAAUCAGUUCUUAUAGAUAUCGGGGUAUGGGAUUUUGUUCAGGGUCGUGGUGGAAUCGAUGCUGGCAUGACGUCUUCAACUCUUAGCGGAGGCCAACGACAACUGAUGUCGAUGGGGCGUGCUUUGCUGCGACGGCGAGCCCGAGCACAGAAGUUAGCAGGCUUUGGCAAUAUGAGAGAAAAUAUGGAGGACCAAGGUGGCUUAUUGCUGCUCGAUGAAGUCAACUCCAGCGUCGAUCAGGACAUGGAACUCAUCAUCAAGCGGAUCAUCGAGACAGAGUUUGCCGCAUACACGGUGAUUGCCGUAAGUCAUCGCUUGGAUAUGAUUAUGGAUUUCGAUACGGUUGUUGUUCUCGAUACUGGUAAGCUUGUUGAGGUUGGAAAUCCUCAAAAGUUGGCUAGUACAGAAAGAAGCAGGUUUGCUAGUCUUGUGAGGGCCGGGGGAAAGUAG